AGUCUUUUUGUAUUGUAACUUAAUAUUGCUGUUGUUCUAGAUAUUUUAAGUUCUAGUAAUGGACGUAACAAUCGCGGAGAAACGUAAUUAUUACGUCGGCGAAACAAACAAUCAGUUAAGAGAAGGAUACGGAGUCUAUUGUUAUGCUAACAAAUUCUUUCGUUAUGAAGGGGAGUGGUUGAAGGGGAAGAAACAUGGACAUGGCAAGUUAUUAAUGGGAGAUGGUUCAUAUUACGAGGGCGAGUUCAAGGACGGUGAGAUCGACGGACAUGGUUAUCGUAAAUGGGAGAGAACGGGUGAUGAUUAUUCAGGGGAAUUUUUAAAGGGUGAAUUACACGGGCAUGGCGUGAUGAACUACAACGAUGGAAGUCAAUAUAGGGGUGAGUUCUGUAACAAUCAACGUCAUGGUACAGGGGUUCUUACUGAUAGAGACGGCAAUGAAUAUGAAGGAGCUUGGUAUAAAAACAAGAAGCAUGGACAAGGUGUACAAACUUAUUUCAAUGGUGAUGAAUAUGAGGGUGAAUGGGUUGAAGGCGCUCGACACGGGCAUGGGGAACUUAACUGCGUUGAUGGUUCAAUAUAUGAAGGACAAUGGAGAGCUAAUAUGUUUAACGGGGAAGGUAGUAUGGUCCAUGCAAGUGGAGUAACAUACGAAGGUCUGUGGAUAAAUGGGAAGCCGGCAGCAGAAGGAAAGGAGAUCGUUGUUCGAUUACCGACCAACCAAACCCAUAUUGAGGUUCCACAAGGAAAGAAGUUUUCACUCCAGUUUGAAAUCGUGGAUGUGAAUAAAGAGCCCGUUGUUGGUGUCCAUGGAAGGGAGUUCCGCAUCACAGCUGGAUAUCGAUAUCUUCCACCAUCUAAGCAAGGAAACCAAUCCAUACUUGAACUUAUUGAAGACAUGGAGGAAAAACCAAUCACUACACCUUUCGGCUACGAUGUAUUGCCGUAUCCACUCCUUGAAAAUGUUGGGGUGUCCGAAGAAACAGAUGAAAUUAUAAAGAACAAACACAGAAUGAGCCCCGUUAAUGCAAGAAUAUUUGGUGAAGAGACGAUCCAUGAAACGCAUUCAACGGAACCUCAUAAGAACGAAGAUGAAGUUGAACCCGAUGAUGGGUCCAUUAUAUCAGACAACAGACACAUUCAAAGCGAAGUGAUGCUCAGUGUUGAAGUGGAUGAUGUUGAUGUAACUUUCUCCAUCAACCCCCCUCCUGCUCCACAAAGAUCCGCACCUGAUGGGAGCGUCGAGUUCAAGGAUCUUUAUCUUCCAUCUGCACCACCUACGUACAGACCUUUGUUGUUAGAUGAGGUAACUCCCGCUAGCUCUGUUGCUUCUUCAAGAAGAAGCGUCGGGCAGUCUUCUACUUCUUCUGUAAGAUCGGAGAAGGGUAAACGUUCCAAGGGAAGUCGUAACACAAGUGCGGCAUCAACUUCCAGCACGAGCGUCAACGAAUCUAAACCGGGGAAAGCAGGGAAAGCUAAGAAUGAAGAAGAAAGAGGAGCUAAGCCAGGCGAAUAUUUGAUGAUCGUCACUGAAGUGACCAACCCCCCUUUCCUGGGUGACAACUUGCCACCUGCGUUUGUGGUUGUCAAAGUUACAACUCCUAAAAAGGCCGUAAAGAAACCGACCGGGAAGCGUCCAAGCUUGAAUUGAAACUCCAUAUAUUUUUAUAAAUAUUUUAUUUGUUAAACAAAAACAAACAUGUUUCACAAUGACUUUACAAAGUUAAACACAAGUGUCCCUGAAUGCAGUUUAAUUAUCUUGGCACAAUACUAAUAAUGAUAUGAAAUGCAUAUUUUCACUGCGGCUAACAAAUAUUUGUUUACAUUAUUUAUAUUUACCAGUUGCGAUAUUCCUUUGUUACGCCCAGCAGCAAAAUAUUUCGCGCAAGAAAUAAACAUGAAAUAAUUUC